AUAGCUAUAGCUUGCAAUGGAAGGAGAUGGAAAUAAAAUCGAUGUGCAGAAAGAAGAAGAAGAAGAAGAAGAAGACGAAUCUGUAACCAAUAUCUUAAGAGACCGAUUCCGUCUGGCCAGUAUCUCUAUCGCCGAAACCGAAGCACAGCGGAACGGCUUGGAAAUAUCUGAACCGAUAAUAGCUUAUAUUGCUGACUUCGCCUUUAAAUACACAGAACAGCUUGCAAAGGAUCUUGAGCUAUUUGCACAGCAUGCUGGACGUAAAACUGUGAACACUGAAGAUGUCAUACUUUCAGCUCAUAGAAAUGAUCAUUUGGCUACCUUAUUAAGGUCAUUUUGUAAUGAUUUGAAAGCAAAAGAACCCCAAUCAGAGAGGAAACGGAAGAAAGCUUCAAGAAAGGAAGAUAAAGCUACCACCAGUGUAGUGCAUGUUCCUGAUCUUUAACACUUUUUGGGUUUGUGAACUGAUUUGAUAAUCAGGCCCAAUUAAAUCACUCAUCACAGUCACACCCCGACAAUUUACCUGACUUCUUGGACAAUUAAGUCCUAGUGUGGGUGAGGUGCAUUUCCUCUAAAAUCCUAGUUCAUGCAAAUUGUUGAUCAACUACAUGAGAUAAGCUGGAAAGUGAAGGUUUCGCUUUAAUUAUUAUAUUGAUUGCUUCUUGAUGUAUUAUUGCACAAUUUUUUUUAACUUUUUAAUGUGGAAUGUGAAAUAGUUGAAGAAAAGUUCCUAUUGGCCUUUUGUCAGGGAACUAAGUCGGAAAUUCAUGGAAGUGUCAUGACUGUAUGAGCCCUCUCAAAGUUCCAAUCUCAGGUGAAGAAGCCUUCACAGAAUGUUAAUGUUUAUUCGGGGGGUUUGCUUAUUCAUUUUUUACUUUUAAAACUUGAAAAGAGUAUUGAUUUGGAAGCCACAUUGAAUGUUGAGCCUCUAACAUUGUUAACAUGUUUAGUUCGACCUGGUCAAACCUUUUGCUUUAUUCGAACUUGAACCACUUUAAACUGGAUUCAAUA